CAAACGCCAACCGUGGAGGUGACGAGAGCGAGCGUGGGUCCGGGCGCGAGCGAGCGAGCUAGGGCCGCCGCCGCCGCCGCCAAAGAGGACCUGCGGGAGCACCUCGUGCGCCGAGUUUGAAGGCUGUCUCGCGGAUGCGUGUUGCGCGCGACUGCUGCGCUCCUCCGGAGAGAAAACCCGAGGCUUUGGAAGGGAGCGAGACAGCACGCUGGCCGGGUUUGCAAGCGAAGACAAGCCCUGAAUCCUGGCUCGGGCGCGGUGAAAAUCAAUACGGACCUUGGAGAGACCCCAUGCAUUAAGUAUGUCUAGGAGAAAAUCAGAGAACAAAAACAUCCAGGGCUUGUUGCUUAUAUCUCCUCAGACACAGAUAAAGGCAGAUAAUUUUCACCAUUUCUAUGAAGUUGAACCCAAGGAAUUGGGAAGAGGAAAAUUUGGUGUGGUUAGAAAAUGUAUUGCAAAAGCUACAGGCCAGGAAUAUGCAGCUAAGUUUCUGAAAAAGAGGAGAAGAGGCCAAGACUGCAAAGCAGAUAUUCUGCAUGAAAUUGCUGUUCUCGAAUUAACAAAACCAAGUCCUCGGGUAGUAAAUCUCCAUGAAGUCUAUGAAACAACAAAUGAAAUCAUCUUAGUUUUGGAAUAUGCAGCUGGAGGAGAAAUCUUUAAUCUAUGUCUCCCUGACCUAGAAGAAACUAUAGAGGAAACUGCUAUCAUUAGGCUUAUACGACAAAUACUCGAAGGCGUUUUCCAUUUGCAUCAAAACAAUAUUGUGCAUCUAGAUUUAAAGCCCCAAAAUAUUUUAUUGAGUAGUGUGUGUCCCCUUGGUGAUAUAAAAAUAGUUGACUUUGGUUUAUCUCGGAAGAUUGGAAAUUUUGGUGAACUACGAGAAAUUGUUGGAACGCCUGAAUAUCAAGCACCAGAAGUCUUAAAUUAUGAUCCCAUUACUACAGCAACAGACAUAUGGAGUGUAGGUGUAAUCUCAUACAUGCUGCUUAUACAUGAAUCUCCAUUUAUGGGAGCUGAUAAGCAAGAAACAUACCUCAACGUUUCUCAAGUCAAUGUGGAUUAUUCAGAAGAAACAUUUGGUUCCGUUUCAUCAUUGGCCAGAGAUUUCAUCCAAAAACUCCUUGUUAAAAAUCCUGAAGAGCGACCAACAGCAGAGGCCUGCCUAUCCCACUCUUGGCUUAGGCAAGGAGAAUUCUUAUUGUGGUACAGCCCUGAAGAAAACCCCAGUUCUUCUCCAGCAUAUGAUAGUAUGAAUAAGAGCAUAGAAGAGAGAAUUAAUAACAGGCCCAUGUCUAAUGGAGCAUGCAUUGAACAAGAAGAUAAAGAGAAUAUUCCAGAAGAUAGCAGUACAGUCUCCAAACGGUUCCGGUUUGACGAUUCUUUGCAAUAUUCUCAAGAACUCACAACAGACUUUGUAUGUUAACAAAUGCACUCCUGCAGGUUAUCUUGAAUUGUAUUUAUGAUUCUAAAUUAAUCUGGUGGCAUGUGGUUUGAGAUUAUAGCUUGGCCACGACUGCAUUUUUGUUAUUCUGGAAAUGCACUUUCAGUUGAUCUUGUUUGGACCCUUCUUUGUGCUACCAUUGCUGGCAAUGGGCAUGACCCCUGGGAGACUGGAGUCUUGGCACCUGAAGUGGCUUGUUUUUGGAGGCAAACAGGUAACUGGGUAUAUUUGCACUUUCUACAUUCAAAACAUGGCAUUUUGGUCUGAUCAUUGAUAAAGUAGGCAAGAAGAGUAUUUUUAAAGUUAGCAAUAGAGCUAAGUUCUAAGCCAAAGAGUGAUGUGAUAAUACAUACGCAUUUGUAUUGUAAUUGAAACUACAUGAACUUGGCAGUGUGAAGAUAUGAGUCCUUUUGUUCAUUCUUAGAACAGUCUCAUCCUGUCAUUGUUGAAAAAAGUCAAAUUGUUAAUAGUAUUUAGUAUACUCCAGUAAGCCUUUUUUCAAGUCUUAUGUUUUUAGUUGGACUAGUCACUGGAACUGAAGUGCUUGGACUGGGUUCCUGAUUAGCACCUGUUUUUUUUUUUACAUGUUUACUCCGAAGGGGCCUUGUCCUCCCAUUUAUGGGAGAAUGAGUUUUCAGUUGUUGAUCAGUUCCCACGUGGAACAUAAAUCGGUGUUCACAUUCAUAUAUUUUUUUUGUUACAGAGAUAAUUUUUGGAUUGAAUUGAAUGCAUACUUAGUUUUGAAAUCUUCCGUUUCUUGUUUAUGUAAAUAAGAUGGAAGAGAUUGAAAGAUACUUCUGGUGCCAAAAAAAAACAAAACACCUUGCAUUUUUUCUUUAGGAAGUAAUGUUUUUUCCAAGCCCAAUACCGUGCUAUUUGGAGACAAAAACCAUGUAAUAUUAUGAAUUCAACAAAUUAAAUAUUGCAAGGUUUAAAUUUGAAAAUGAGAUCUUCCAGAAAAAUGUACAGGGUCAGUUAAUGGUAUUAAAUUAUCUUCUCCCAAAUUAAAAAUAUAAUUAUUUCUGUGCUAUAUAAAUUGAAUCUGCUUAUCUUGUCCAACAAAGAUGGUAGUAAUAGCACAAUCCUAUUUCUGUGAACAGAGAAGUAAAUCCCAGUUUGUUUAUGGAUUUUACUUCCAAGGAAGUGGUGCAAAAAAAAUUGCUAACUGAAAUAAUGUAAUGGCAUAUGAAUAUUUCAUUAAUAUUCAUUAGUAUAAAUAAAGCAAAGAAAAAUAGAGAAAACAGAAUCAGUCUUUGUGACUUUAAAUAUCUAAUUAAUUCAGAUGUACAUUAAUGUCCAGUCCUGAAAUGUGCCAUGUUAGGGAUUAGAUUAGGGUUUGCUCUCAGUUUACUAGCCUCAUCUCACAAAUAACAAGAUGAACUGCAUCCAUAAGGGAUGAUGCAGCAAGGAGAAAAAAUGGUGCAAUUUCAAGACCACAGUCUAAAAUUAGUAAAAAAUUUCAAUACUGAAAGCCAUAUUUUCUUCUGAUUUUCAGUUAAAAGCCAAUAUGCAAUGCAUGGGUUCCCCUACCCAUAGAUACAUUAAUCCAAUUUAAUUUUUAGAAUUGGUACUUUUAGGAAGUCUUUAAAAAAGGAUCAUAAUACAUUAAUAUAUUUUACUAAGAAAGAAAGAUAAGUGAAAGAGCAUGCCACAAUAACGGUUAUUAUAGCACUUUAUAAAAAAAAAGUAUAUGAUACAAUAAAUAUUUCUGUUGUGGUUUUUUUUUAAGUUUACAUUUCUCACUCUUUCCUUCCAGUCUUAAAUCUUUUUUAAUAUUUUGAGUACAUGAGUAAUUUUUGCAUCCAGUUGAGAGAACUUUUGAGAUUUUAUAAACACUUGUAUAUGUAUGUAAAUUUGGGAUACAACUUGAAUCUGACAGUUCUAAAUUUUGAAUAUAUCUAAUUUUGUAAGUUUUCCUAGUUAAUGCGUACAUUUGUAUAUAAUUUUAUUGGAAUUAUAA